AUGGGUGACAAGGCCGUUACCGAUGCGGAUUUAAAUAGUCGCCGGCGCCAGAUGAAACGUGGCUUCUCUCUUGUGCCGGAGAGGUUCACGACCCCACUACCCGAACACUUUACUACGCGGGGUGGCUUUUCAGUUGCAGCCAUGCUGUUGUGUGAGGAAAUUUUGAAGUUCCUUUCCACCGCCUUCGUCCUGUUUGCCUUCCCAUUUUCCCUCUUAUUUUGCUUCCGCGUCAUUCCGCAGUACGAGCGUGCUGUCAUUUUCCGCCUCGGACGCCUCAUAUCCAACUCAGCUGUGGGGCCUGGUCUUAUCUUCAAAUUACCCUUCCUCGAUCGCAUGCGUCGCGUGGAUCUGCGAACCUUCACAUUCGAUGUGCCCACUCAGGAAGUGCUUACCAAGGAUUCCGUAACUGUAGCUGUAGAAGCUGUCGUCUAUUAUCGCAUAUUUGAUCCAAUUAUGGCGGUGGUAAACGUGGAGAACGCCAACCGAUCAACGCGCCUUCUGGCUCAGACCACAUUGCGCAAUGUGCUCGGCACAGUGGAUCUCUAUUCCCUCCUAACGGAUCUUGAAGAGAUUGCCGCUAUGAUGCAAGAAACGCUGGACAGCGCCACCGACACAUGGGGUGUCAAGGUGGAGCGCGUGGAAAUUAAGGAUGUGCGGUUGCCGCUGCAACUACAGCGUGCAAUGGCUGCGGAGGCAGAAGCCACACGGGAGGCCCGCGCCAAGGUGAUUGCAGCAAAGGGUGAAGAGGACGCCUCGCGAUCACUCAAACUUGCCGCUCAGGAGAUCGCCAUCUGCCCAAUAGCUCUGCAGUUGCGUUACCUUCAAACCCUGGCCAGCAUCUCUGCAGAAAAGAACUCAACUAUCGUGUUCCCCCUGCCCAUGGAUCUACUAGGUUUAUUUCGAUCGGCACUUGUCCGACGAUGUGUAGCCUCCCCGCCAACCCCCAACGGUCUACCGUCCAUGCGGAAUGACGAUGACUUAGCUGGUAGUGGUGCUUACUCCUCUGAAUCUCCCCUUCAUUCUUCUUCCCACUCCGCCGCGGCUUUAUCGCCUCACCCCCCUCCUGAGCAACAUUGGCCAGCCCUAAAACAGCACUAUCGCCCCAUUCUGACUAGAGGAACAACCAUCUCCACCAAUGAGUCCGUUGUAUCGCCGCGAUCUCCCGCGGAAGUUGUAAAGAAUUAUGUCUACGAGGACAGCAACAAUGACCCCUACCACCCGAACAAAAACAUGUUUGUGUGA